AUGGGAAUUCUCUUGUCAUGCUGCCAAGGAAGAAGUCAAUACCAGCCAUUAGAUGAAGGAGAAGAUCAGAUUGCCGCUAUUGAGCGUACCAAGCUUCAAGCGCUUGAAGAUGAUGACAAUGAGCUCCUUAAAGAUCCAACAAUUCAAGAAGUACUCCAAGAUUCUGGAUCUGAUCAAGAGCAAAUGAAUGAUGAAGACGUUGCAAAAUACAUUCAAGGUCUUGGUGCCUAA